AUGCCUCAGUCGUGCAAGGACAUCCGCGCGGCACUCGCCUUCUGCCUUCAAAACUCAGACUGCAUAAUGGUCGAGCGGAAUCAGCCCGGCGACUGCCUCCGACCUCCGCUCAAAUACACGCUUCCCACACAAUGUCAGCAACUCCAGAAGGGAUACGCCGAGUGCAAGAAAGGCCAAAUCGACAUGCGCAAGCGAUUCCGAGGAAAUCGUCCCAUUAGUGUUGCAGGCCAGCUGGAAACAGGUGCAUUCGGCGAGGGAAGAGCGGAGAAGGACGAGAAGCUGGGCACCAUAGAAGAGAAGGGAUACAUGCUGUACGCUGGGCGGCCGUACAAGGGUGUGCAGGAGUCGCGCCCGGAGGAAGAGACAAACAAUGGGGAAGAAAACAAGUGA